AAUACGAAUUUCGAAACCCAAAACCAUUGCACACAAAACUUUGGCGCAAUGCGCAACACUGCGCGUUCCUUUUUCAAAUUUUAUUUUUCUUUUUAAAAUGUGACUUAAGUAUGUUUUAGAUUACAUAAGUAAAGUUUAGGUUAGUUUUUGUUGGUAACGAUGAGUUAUCCGUAUUUUUCGUAUAGGCGGCCGAAAAUGGACUAUGGAUUAAAGAGAGUUCCAGAUUAUACAGAGCUGGCUUAUAAGGAGGCUGUGUCGAAGCUGAGAUAUUUCUUAUCUGGGAACUAUGCGCCUAGCAUCCGCAGCUACGGCGGUUCGGCCUCCAUUAAGAACCUGGACGAGUCCGACGGGGAUUUUGACAAGAAGUACUUACUGGACAAACCUCGGCCUCGCCUGACCGCCAAAUAUGCGUCGCUGUAUGCUGAUAGCUUGAAUAACUAUCCACCGCAUACAGGAAAAUCGAUUCCAAUACCUCCAGCGACCGCUCCAGCGGACCUGACAGGCGGGACCAAUCCGGACGUCGUCAACUUCAUCCAGAAGCAAGAAGAGUACAUUGAGCAGUUGGAGCGAGAGAGCCAGUACUGCAGGGAUGAGCUAAACAACCUCCUCGGCAAGGUGAAAGAAGUGAUAUCCGAAAACGAGCAUCUCCACGAAGCUCAGAAGAACAACCUGAUUUCCCGCAUGUUUACAACUCACGGGUCUGAGACCGACGAUCUAGAUGAUGUAGGGGAUAGCACCGGCCUGGAUAGUGAUCAUAAGGCCACGAUAACCAAGACACGCAAGCCGAAGACUCGAACCACGAGACUCGAAGGACCGAAUAUAGUCUUCGAGUCACGCAUCUCGGAGUUGGAAGCGCAGUUGGCGCAGUCGAAAAUAGACCUUAAGAAGGUUCAGGAUGAAAACAACGAAAAUAAGCGCAAGCUUGCCUCUGGGCUCGUUGACUCAACUUGCCUUGACGGCUUUAAGCGGCAAAUCGACAAUUUGCAAAGAGACAAAUCCUCCCUGGAGUCCCAGAUCUCCAAGCUGAAGAACAGCUUGGAACAACGAGACGGUGAUCUGGAUGGGCGAUACAAGCGUAAUGACGUCAUCGAACAACAACUUAGGGACGAGAGGAAUAAUUUAGAGAACGAAGUCCGCAGAUUGAAGGAGGAUCUUGCGUCAGAACGCGCCAAAAUCCGAGAAUUAGUCGGCGAAGGAUCCCGCCGCGCCAUACAAGAGCGUUCAGCCGCGGAACAGCGAUACAACGCACAUUGUGACUCGCUGCAGCAUGAGCUCGCUGCGCAGUACGACAGUGUGGCGAAGUUACAGUUGGACCUGGAGCGUCAGCGUCGCGAGGAGAAUGAGCUGAAGCGAGAACUGUCGAUGAAGAACUCCGCCAUUGAGGAGUUGAAGAUGGAACUGAAGGGCAAGACAGCAUCGCUUCAAGCCGACUUAACUCAAGCUCACGCCGAGAAGGCUUCUCUAGAAGAGGAGCUGGCUUCAGCACGUCUGGCGAUCGAACGUCAUCAACGCCAAGCCAAGCACGAGGCCAAUCGGCUCAACUCGGAGAUUCAGUCAUUGCGUCAGCGUCUGGACCGUGCGGAUGCGGACCUGGUGCACUCACGCCGAGAGAAUCUACGUCUCACCGAACAGAUCGCCACUCUUGAGAAGGAGCUAAAUAUGAAGAGUUUAACUCCAAAUUCUCCUGAGAAGAACAAGAAAGAAAAAGAGAUGUCCUCAGUGUUGGAAUCAAUUGAGAAUAAACACGGCACGCAGUGUCGCAGCCGUACAGACGAACCAAUCAGAACACAGCGCGACCACUCAAGAUCCCGCGAUCCCUCGAACCGCCGUACCCGGCGCCGCUCCGCAAAAGAGUCCGAUUCGUCGAAUAAUUACGCGCCAAUCACCAUUGGCCCGCUGACGACCAAUCAGGAUCUCGAAAAGAAAGGAGAAAAGGUGUACAAUCUGCCGCUUAUGAUUCAACAGCCCUUUUUACGGGAGAAAAAGGAGCCGAUUAAAGUUGACAUAAGCGUGAAACUAAUACCGAAACCGAGGAAGAAGGAUAAGAAGAGACGAGAAGCGGUCGUUGAAGUGAUUGAGGAAAAAGGAGUUCUGAACACAUUUAGCAUGGAAGUCACUGAUAGCGAUGUUCAGGUUUUGAAGAAGACGGAAGAACCUAUAGACAGCAAAGUAGAGAGUAGUGAUAGUGAGCCCAUGGCUGUUGAGAAGGAAGAUGUUCCUGAAAUUAUAGAUGGAAAUAACAAAGUUGAUAUUGCACCUGCUUCCCCAGAACCCAGAGAAGAUAUAGCAAAUCAAGCAGAAGAUAAUACAGUAAAAAAGCAAGCGGAAAAUACAAUCGUAGAAAAUGCAGAUGAUGCCGUUACAGAUAAUACAGUCACAGAACAAGAUCCGGAAACUACUAACAAAGUAGAUGAGCAAAAUGUUGAUAGUCCGAAAAAUGAUGAAAAUGCAAAUGAUCCACCAGAAUCUCAGGUGGAAGAAACUGUACAACCUGAAAUAUCAGAGGCUCAAAACAACGAUGAGAAUUAAAGUUAUUCAGAAGACAAACUGACGACUAUAUCAGAAUUAUCUGUGACUGAAUGUAACGCGAAAGAUUUAGGUUUAAGGUUUGUGCAAUUGUAGAUGCUUAAAGUAGAUAGUUAAAGUUGAAAAAUUAUAAAACUUUAUGUACCUAAUGUUAUUUGGAUUUGAUUCUUAAAUAUGUUAUUGUUAGUCGUGACUUGAACAGAACAAAAUGUUAAAAAUAUAACAAUCAUAAAAAAAA